UUAAGCGAUAAGUGGAACUCUAGGGUUUGGCCAUGGCAGGCGCCCAAGGCGUGGCGCCUCGGCCUCCAGAUGCGCUGCAGCGCCUUCUAUCCGAGCUACGUUUCAAGACAGCGUCGAUCAAGGAUGGAGCUGCCGCUGCAGCCCUGCGCAAGCACGUUCAGGAGGAGGCGCGCGACCUCUCUGCCGAGGGCCUGACGAAAUUCCUAGAUAUUCUGUACGAUCGCAUCAACUGCUUGAUCGAGAGCGCCGAUGUAAGUGACAAUCUGGGCGCAUUGCGAGCAAUCGACGUGCUCAUCGAUGUGGAGCUCGGGGAGAGCGCAACCAAGACGAUGAAGUUUGCGAAUUGCGUUAAGCGAGUGCUCGAAGAGAAGCAAGAUCCGGACGUUCUCGUGCUUGCUAGUGAAGUUCUUGGACAUAUUGUGAGCACGGGUCCUCAAACAGCUGACAUUGUUGAGUCUCAGGUGUCAUGCGCAUUGAAAUGGCUGAGAGGAGAAUCUCGACGCUUUGCGGCAGUUCUAAUUCUAAAGGAGAUGGCAGAUCAAGCGCCUACUGUGUUUAACGUUCAUGUUCCUGAAUUUGUCGACGCUAUUUGGAUUGCCUUGCGUGAUCCUAGGCAAGCUAUUCGUGAACAUGCUGUAGAAGCUCUUCGGGCAUGUCUGACGGUGAUAGUAACACGGGAAACAAGAUGGAGAGUGCGAUGGUACUAUCGAAUGUUUGAGGCUACGCAAGAUGGCCUAGGGAAAAAUGCUACUGUCGAAAGUAUCCACGGGUCGCUGCUUGCUGUUGGAGAGCUUUUAAGGAACACGGGAGAAUUCAUGAUGUCUCGCUACAAGGAGGUGUUAGACAUUGCGUUCAAGUUUCGAGAUCACAGGGACCGUUUAGUGCGCAGGAGCAUCACAUCAUUGCUGCCACGCAUUGCGCAUUUUCUACGGGAUAGAUUUGUGACUUCCUACUUCAAUACGUCCAUGGAUCAUCUUGUAGCUGUUAUGCGCAAUCCAAGCGAACGUUCUACUGGGUUUGCUGCGCUGGGAGAGAUGGCAGGUGCAGUUGGAUGCGCUCUUGGCGAAUAUCUGCCGGCGAUUAUGAAUUUUAUACGUGAUGCACUACAACCACGUCGCGGAAAACCGUCCAUGGAAGCUAUUGCUUGCGUUGGGAACCUGACUGAAGCUCUUGGCCCGCUUAUGGAAGAGCACGUUCGCAGUACGCUGGAUAUUAUGUUCGAUACCGGCCUUACUCCAACGCUGGAGAAGGCCUUGAAUCAGAUAGUGACAAGCUUGCCGUCCCUUUUACCUCCAAUUCAGGAGCGCUUACUGGAUUUCAUUUCCUUGGUUUUGUGCAAAGCGCCAUAUUUUUCGCAAAGAAAAAGUCUUCUUGUUCGACUGCCACAGAAGGCGGUGGGGCUUCCUUCUUCAGAAAUUCAAGGGCCCGCACUGGUGCAGCUCGCGCUUAAAAUUUUGACCAAUUUUAAUUUCAAGGGGCAUGAUUUACUUGAGUUCGCGCGAGAAGCAGUUGUUAUGCACCUCGAAGAUGAUGAUGCUGGUGUCCGACGUCACGCUGCUAGAUGCUGCUGUCGGCUUGUUGAGCAUUCGUAUCAAACUGCUAUAACUGGCAGAUCAGCUUCCAGACUCACUUCUGGUCGUCCUUUAACUUUUCGAAAGCAUCGGAUUCUCAUCGAAGAGAUUCUGGAAAAACUUCUAGUUGCUGCUGUUUCUGAUACGGAUGCUUCCGUCAGAGAAGAUGUUUUUGUUUCGCUUGGAACGAACGGGAGCUUCUACGAUUUUCUUGCUCAGGCUGACUGUUUGAAAGCAAUUUUUAUAGCGUUCAACGACCAGUCGUUUGAAGUCAGAAAACUAUCCAUUGUAAUGGCGGGGAAGCUGUCAGACAAAAAUGCUGCAUAUGUAUGUCCGGCUUUGAGACGUCACUUGCAACAGCUCUUGACAGACAUGGAGCACAGCGCGGAUAGCAAAAGCAAGGAGGAAAGUGCUAUUCUGUUGGGAUCGCUGAUAAGAGCAUGCGAAACUCUAAUAACUCCUUACGUUAUUCCGAUCCAUAAGGCUUUGGUGGCGAGACUAAGUGAAGGAAGUGGAGGUAGUGGGAAUAUUGGUGUUGUAUCCGGGGUAAUGGCAACCGUGGGGGAGCUUGCUCGAGUGGCUGGGUGCGCAAUAAGACCGCAUAUCAAGGACCUGAUGCCGUUAAUUGUGGAUGCUCUUCGUGACACUUCUGCUGCUAGUAAGCGGGAUGUUGCUGUGAGAACACUGGGUCAACUGGUCCAGAACACUGGGUACGUCGUGACACCGUAUACGGAGUUUCCACACUUGCUGGGUUUACUACUUCGAAUAUUGCUGAAUGGGGAACUCGAAUGGUCUACAAGGAAUGAAGUUUUAAAGGUCCUUGGAGUCAUUGGUGCGCUAGAUCCGCACGUCAACAAACGCAACGAACUUCGGCUACAUCCAAGCGACGGCAAUCGCUCUUCUUUGUCGGAAACUGUACACGGGCAGACAAAUGACGAGUCUCUUAUGGAAGCGUGGCCUACUGGUGGAAUAUCGGCAGCUACAGAAGAUUAUUACUCGACAGUUGCAAUCAAUGCUCUCAUGCGGACUUUGCGAGAUCCCUCAUCAUCGAUAUACCAUCAAAGUGUUGUUAAAUCUCUUAUGUACAUCUGCAAGGUCAUGGGUCUUGGUUGCGUACCUUAUCUACCGCAGGUCAUGCCGGACCUUUUGUUGACCAUUAGAAACUGUGAAGAUAAUCUACGAGAAUUUAUCUUUUGUCAGCUUGCAGACCUUGUUGCAAUUGUCCGUCAGCACAUUCGGAAGUAUCUUUCAAGCAUUCUUUCUCUUGUUCUAGACAUGAUCCUUCCGACAAGCCCUCGUUCCGCUCCUCACUCACCAAUUUUGCAUCUUGUGGAAAGACUCUGUGUCGCUCUUCACGAUGAGUUUCGGAUACACAUGCCAGAGAUUCUACCUAAAUGUAUUCAAGCUUUGAAUGAGGCUGAACGCAACGCUGACUAUGCCUACGUUGCGUCUCUUUUGCACACUUUUGAAGUAUUUGGCGCUUCUCUGGAUGAGCACAUGCACCUAGUACUACCUGCCUUAGUCCGCCUUUUUAAGCCGGAUGUUUCAAAUGCGCCGAUGGAUAUAAGACGAUCUACUAUCAAAACCUUUUCACGUCUUCUUCCUUGCAUGCAGGUCACUGCACAUGUGUCUUCUUUGCUACACCCAUUGUUGAGCGUUCUAGAUGGCACGAAGGAUGAGUUGCGUAACGAUGCUGUGGAUGCUAUAUGUGUUUUGGCUACUGUCCUUGGAGCAGAAUUCACCAUGUUUCUUCCUUCAGUGCGCAAGCUACUUCAACGUCACCACUUGCAGCAUCCGCAGUUUGAUUCCAUUGAAUCUCGUCUUAAACGGCGAGACCCGAUCUUGGUGGAUGUACGGCCUACAGCAGUUUCCGAAGCGGAUAUAGCUGCUUCAUCUCAUGGACCUGAAUUGGAUGGCGAAAAUGCCUUAAGUACACGGGGCACGCAGGUUAACGAGGUACACUUAAGAUCUGCAUGGGAAUCCUCUCAAAGAAGCACAAAGGAAGACUGGUCAGAGUGGAUGCGACACUUCAGCUUAGAGCUGCUGAAAGAGUCUCCUUCUCCCGCUUUAAGAACCUGUGCUCCUUUAGCACAACGCCAGCCUCACGUGGCACGGGAGUUGUUUGCAGUUGCCUUUGUAAGUUGCUGGUCCCAACUUAAUGAUUCGUACAAAAAACAGCUAGUACGAAGUUUGAAUUACGCUUUGACGUCUCCCAACAUUCCAUCAGAUAUUCUUGGAACUCUCCUGAAUCUGGCGGAGUUUAUGGAACGGGAUGAGGACCCUCUGCCUGUGGAUACGAGAACGCUUGGCAGCUUAGCUGAAAAGUGUCAUUUGUUUGCAAAAGCUUUACAUUACAAAGAGAUGGAGUUUGAUAUGGUCCUUGCUCGUGAACAAAAGCACCAGCUUGUUGGAGCCGUUGAAGCUUUGAUUCAUGUCAAUAACCAACUCCACCAACAUGAGGCGGCUGUUGGAAUUUUGACAUAUGCACAACGUAACCUCGGAGUUCAACUAAAGGAAUCUUGGUAUGAGAAGCUUCAACGCUGGGAAGCCGCUCUCGAUGCUUACACGGCAAAAGCCUCUCAAGCUACCAGCCCUCACGCGUCGUUGGAGCCCACUUUAGGUCGAAUGAGGUGCUUGGUGGCAUUGGCACGAUGGGAAGAGUUGAGUACACUUUGCAGGGAGACUUGGAGUGAACCUUCUGCACAGCUUCAGAUGGCACCAAUGGCUGCGAGUGCUGCAUGGAAUAUGGGUGAAUGGGAGGAAAUGGAAGAGUACGUGUCUCAGAUGGAUAAUGGAGAUGAAAUGAACGUACCUACGCGAGGCCAGGACGGCACUGGAACCGGAUUUGCAGGGGCAUUUUUCCGGGCUGUUUUAUGCAUUCGGCGUUCUAAGUACGAUGAAGCGGGCAUAUAUGCCGAACGGGCACGAAAAUGCUUAGCGACAGAGCUUGCGGCAUUGGUUCUUGAGAGUUACGACCGUGCAUACAGCAACAUGGUGCGCGUUCAACAGUUAGCAGAACUGGAAGAGGUUAUCGAAUAUUGCACACUGCAAACGGGGAACCCUGCCUCUGAGGCACGUGCUUCAUUGAUCAGGAGAAUGUGGCGGGAUCGUAUUCAAGGAGCGAAAAGAAACGUUGAGGUCUGGCAAAGGUUGUUAUCUGUUCGAACGCUUGUGCUUCCUCCUACCGAAGAUGCCGAAACAUGGCUGAAGUUCGCUUCUCUUUGCUAUAAAAGUGGCCGAGUAAGUCAGUCACACGCAACAUUGAUAAAACUUCUUCAGUACGAUCCAGAACAAAGUGAUCCUCCGCCUGGCUACGUCGUUAAUCCUCCAGUGAUGCUGGCAUAUUUAAAAUACCUUUGGUCUUUCGGCGAGGAAUCGAAAAGGCAAACCGCCUAUAGACGGCUUCAGUAUCUUGCAUUAGAUUUGGCGAAUGGCCAAGCAUCCAUGUACUGUACACCUCAGGGUGCUUCUGGCAGUUCUGGAGUGUCGCCGGUUCCUCUCAUUGCACGUAUUUAUUUGAAACUAGGAACUUGGAACUGGUCUUUACAUCCGAGCUUGCCCAGUCGGCCGCCUGCCCAGGCUGGUGUUUUGACGACAGGGUUGAACGACGAAUCCAUACGAGAAAUAUCUUCUGCCUAUAAAUCUGCAAUCGAUUAUGCGAGAGCGUGGGGGAAGGCUUGGCAUAGGUGGGCAUUGUUCAACACGGCGGCCUUGUCACAUUACUCUUUGAAAGGAGAUUCGGUAAAGGCUGCUCAUCACGUGGUGUCAGCUGUUUCUGGAUACUUCAAAUCCAUUGCAAAUGCGUCCACGAACAAGGGCGGGGAUGAUAGUUUACAGGAUAUUCUACGGCUUUUGACGCUCUGGUUUAACCAUGGUGCUUCCGAUGAAGUUUAUGCUGCGUUGCAAGACGGUUUUAAGCACGUGAUAAUCGACACAUGGCUGGUGGUCCUGCCGCAGAUUAUUGCUCGGAUACACUCGCACAUUCCCGCUGUCCGAGAGCUUAUCCAACAACUCCUUGUACGCAUUGGACAGAUUCAUCCUCAGGCUCUUAUGUACCCGCUUUUAGUUGCAUGUAAAUCCAUUAGCUCCUCAAGGAAAACUGCUGCUUUGACAGUUGUUGACAGAGUUCGCCAGCAUCACGUAGCUCUUGUGGAGCAAGCACAAUUAGUCUCUCAGGAGCUUAUACGAGUGGCCAUACUCUGGCAUGAAAUGUGGUACGAAGCACUUGAAGAAGCCAGCCGUCUGUACUUUGGGGAGCAUAAUAAGGAGGGCAUGCUAAACGUGCUGGAACCCUUGCAUCGUAAACUAGAGGAAGAAGGUGCCGUAACCCUCAAAGAGAUCGCAUUCGUACAGGCUUAUGGGCGAGAAUUGCAAGAAGCUCAUGAAUGGUGCAUGGAAUAUCGUCGUACUGGUAAUGAAGCGGAACUCACACAGGCUUGGGAUCUCUAUUAUCACGUAUUUAAACGUAUAAACAAGCAGCUUCCAAGCGUAACUACUCUGGAACUUCAAUAUGUUUCUCCUGCUCUUCUCAAUGCUCGCAAUUUGGAACUUGCUGUCCCUGGAACAUAUCGUCCUGGUCCGGAAGCGAACGUUGUGACAAUACAGAGUUUUGAUCCACAGCUCAUAGUUAUGCCAUCGAAACAGCGACCUCGGAAGUGCACCAUCAAGGGCAGCGAUGGCCAGGAUUAUACAUUCUUAUUAAAGGGCCAUGAAGACCUUAGACAAGACGAGCGCGUGAUGCAGUUAUUUGGGCUUGUAAAUACCCUUCUAACGAAUGCCCGGCACACGGCGGAGAAGGACCUUUCCAUUCAGCGAUAUGACGUGGUUCCGCUCUCUCCAAACAGCGGUCUUAUUGGAUGGGUCCCAAACUGCGACACUCUACAUCACCUUAUUCGUGAAUAUCGGGAUGCUCGGAAGGUUCCUGUCAAUGCUGAACAUCGUGCCAUGGUGUCGUUCGCUCCUGAUCUCGAUCAUCUUACUCUUAUAGCCAAAGUCGAGGUAUUCCAGCAUGCUCUGGAGGCGACCGACGGUGAUGACCUGGCAAAGGUUUUCUGGCUUAAAAGCAAAACCUCAGAAGUUUGGCUAGAACGGCGAACGAACUACACUCGUAGCUUAGCCGUCAUGAGCAUGGUCGGAUACCUUCUUGGUUUAGGCGAUCGACAUCCAAGCAAUCUAAUGCUUAAUCGCUACAGCGGGAAAAUUCUGCACAUUGACUUUGGGGAUUGCUUCGAGGCAGCGAUGACGCGGGAGAAGUUUCCUGAAAAGGUUCCAUUUCGAUUGACAAGGAUGCUAGUAAAGGCCAUGGAAGUUAGUGGCAUCGAAGGGAACUUCCGGUCGAUUUGCGAGGACGUGAUGCACGUCUUGAGAUCAAACAAAGACAGCGUAAUGGCCAUGAUGGAGGCAUUUGUUCACGAUCCUUUGAUCAACUGGAGGCUGUUUAACAUCAACGACGUACCAGCCAGCAUGGCAAACAUCCGUGCUCAAACAGCGACCCAAAACUUGGAGGCAGUAGGACUGCCUUCUCCACCUCAAAGGGGAGCUCGGGAACGCGAGAUGCUUCACGCAUUCAACGUGGUUGGACAACUCGGGGAUGCCAACGAA